AGAGUCUGCGCAAUGAGAUCCCGAGUAUAGCGGUUGGUAUGCGUUGAAAUUCAACCAGAGAAAUUUAGGUAAUCAUUCUUCCUAUGAAUAAAGCACGGACAGAGGACAUAAAACUGGAACUCAAACGCGGACUGAGGGGGAAAUUUGGGGACAGUCAUGGCGGGGCUUGGAGUGAAGAGGAGGAAAGCGGGGCUCCCUGGUUUUUGCUGGAAAACCUGCUACUUUCAUAUUUUAUUCUGGGUUGUCUCGGUCUGUGGUGAAGAGAAGACGUUCAUCGUUGAGACAUGGCUGAAGAACUAUGGCUACCUGCUCCCCCACGACAUCCGGACGUCGGACCUGCGGUCAGAGAAAGCCAUGCAAUCGGCAGUCGCUGCCAUGCAGCGAUUCUAUGGCAUCCCAGUAACUGGAAUCCUGGAUCAGACCACCAUAGAGUGGAUGAGGAAACCUCGAUGUGGCGUUCCUGACCACCCCCACAUCAGCCGGCGGAGGCGGAAUAAACGCUACGCCCUGACGGGACAGAAAUGGAGAGACAGAAAGAUCUCUUACAGCAUACACAACUUUACCCCUAAAGUGGGGGAGAAAGACACGCAGAGAGCCAUACGGCAGGCCUUUGACGUGUGGCAGACGGUGACCCCACUGACUUUCCAGGAGGUGGCCUACUCCGAGAUCAAGAACGAGGGGAAGGAGGCCGACAUCAUGAUCUUUUUCGCCUCUGGAUUCCAUGGGGAUAGCUCUCCCUUUGACGGAGAGGGGGGAUUCCUGGCCCACGCCUACUUCCCGGGCCCUGGGAUCGGAGGGGACACUCACUUUGAUUCGGACGAGCCCUGGACACUAGGCAACGCUAAUCAUGAUGGUAAUGACCUUUUCUUGGUGGCGGUACAUGAGCUUGGGCACGCCUUGGGACUGGAGCAUUCGAAUGACCCCAGUGCCAUAAUGGCUCCCUUCUACCAAUACAUGGAGACACACAACUUCAAACUACCCCUCGAUGACCUCCAGGGUAUCCAGAAAAUAUACGGUGUCCCUACAGCCAUGCUGGAGCCUACACGACCACUGCCCACCUUGCCCGCUCGCCGAACCCACCCCACCUCAGAGAGGAAACAUGACCGUCAGUCCCGCCCGCCACGUCCGCCCUCCGGUGACAGGCCCUAUUUCCCCAAUGGCAAACCCAACAUCUGUGAUGGCAACUUCAACACCGUGGCCUUCUUCAGACGCGAGAUGUUUGUCUUCAAGGACCGAUGGUUCUGGCGACUGCGGAACAACGAGGUGCAGGAGGGCUACCCGAUGCAGAUUGAGCAGUUCUGGAAAGGUCUACCGCCCCGUAUCGACGCCGCCUACGAGAGAUCGGACGGCAAAUUUGUAUUCUUUAAGGGUGACAAGUACUGGGUAUUCAAAGAGGUGACUGCUGAGCCCGGGUACCCCCAGAGUCUGGUGGAGCUGGGUAACUGUCUCCCUAAGGACGGCAUUGACACAGCACUGCGCUGGGAGCCCGUGGGCAAAACCUACUUCUUCAAAGGGGACCAGUACUGGCGCUACAACGAGGAGAAACGCAUGGCCGACCCGGGCUACCCCAAACACAUCACUGUGUGGAAGGGCAUCCCCGAGGCGCCGCAGGGAGCCUUCGUCAGCAGGGAGGGCUUUUAUACCUAUUUCUACAAAGGGAAGGACUACUGGAAGUUUGACAACCAGAAGCUGACCGUUGAGCCCGGCUACCCCAAGUCUAUUGUCAAUGACUGGAUGGGCUGCCACCAAUCAGACAUGGAGAAGAACAAAGACCGGCAGCUUCCCCACGAUGACGUGGACAUCAUGGUGACCAUCAAUGACGUGCACAGCACUGUCAACGCCAUCGCUGUGGUGAUUCCCUGCAUCCUGUCCCUGUGCAUCCUGGUCCUGGUCUAUACCAUCUUCCAGUUCAAAAACAAAGGGGUGCAACAGAACGCCACCUACUACAAACAUCCUGUCCAGGAGUGGGUAUGACAGGCUUAGGCAGCGCGCCGCCACUUACGAUACGAAACUGCGCUGAGAGGGCUACAAAAACUCUGAGCACCAUGUGACCAGUGCCUGUCUUGCACAAACCCUUUGCGAGAAGGGAAGGAGGGAAAUUAAGUUACUCCCUUUCAUCCACUGUCAAGGACCUCUAGAUGAACAUCGCCAAAAUUGAGUAUGUUGAAUAUUAGCAUGAGGCAAUUCGUAGGACGCUGGGAGGCUUUGAGGGUAAGGACAGAGCACAGCAAAUCCGAUUGCUCUGCCUUUUGCGCCUCGUCUAUCGGUUGUCCAUUCUUAUCUGGCUGUUUCAGUGGGGGUUGUCACACAUACUUUACCUCGAUGGGACUCCCAUACACUUUUUCUCAGGGGGAGAGAGAGGGGGAGCCUACCCUCACAUAGCCAGGUACCAGUAAUCUGUCUGAGUCCAGUAUCAACUUGUACAUGAACUUCAAGUAUUAUCAAGUCAAACAAGAUAUUUAAAGAAAAAAUGUAAACUUGAAUAAAAAAUGUAGUAGAAAGGCCAUAGAAAAGAAUACCAAGGAUUUUUGUGGAUCAUUUAAUAUUUUCAGUUCGAGAGCUUGGAGUUAUCAAGAGGAGAAACUUUGUACAUCGCAAAUGAUAAAUGUCUUCAUAGCCAGACCUCUGCCUCUAGCGAUGGACUCACCUAAGCUAGAGGACUGAGACUAUAAGUAUGUCUGCUGAAGGACCGCCGCUAUAGCAACAUCCCCCAGCUCCUCUGCCUGGACCAAGGGGCGUAGGGGAGAGUGAAUUAGCAUUUAAAGACAUUGGUCACAGUUAUCUUUCUUAGAAUUAUACUUAGUUUUAUUUAUCUUUUACAUGCCCCAAGGUGUAGAGGAGUACCUAUGGCCGUUUCCAUAGGCUAAGCACGUCAGACCAACAUUGACUAGGCACAAUGAACUGCUGUUGAGGCAGACUGAAUUCCACUCCAUACCCCUCUUCAUUCCUCCUUAUUUCUCUCACUUUCUCUCUUCCUCCAACUGUGUCGCUCUCUCUUUAUAUACAGUGAUUUGAAAUCAAACCAUGACUGAGGUUAAACUGCAGACUAAUUUGAGGGUGUUUUCAAUCAUAUUGGGUGAACGGUUAAGUACUUACAGCACUUUGUGUACGUAUUCCUCCCAUUUUAGGGCACCAAAAGUAUUGGGACAAAUUCAUGUGUAUUAAAGUAGUAAAAAGUUAAGUAUUUGGUCCCAUAUUCAUUACACGCAAUGGCUACAUCAAGCUUGUGACUCUACACAUUUGUUGGAUGCAUUUGCUGUUUCUUUUGUUUGUGUCAUUUUGGAGUCCGUUUUAUUGUAAAUAAGAAUAGAAUAAGUUUCUAGAAAGUUACAACGCACAAAUAUCAUACCCUCCCUAAAAAAAUGCUAACCCCCCUGUAAUUCUAAUAGUGAGAGGUUAGCAUGGCUUGGGGGGGUAUGAUAUUUGUGCAUCUGUAACUUUAAUGCUUUAUUCACGAUUCAUGCCCUCAAAUUAAAGAUGACAGUCUGCACUUUAACCUCAUAGUCAUUGUUUGAUUUCAAAUCCAAACUUUUGGAGUAUAGAGACAAAAAAUGUAAAUGCUUCACUGUCCCAAUCAUUGCGGAGGGCACUUUAACACCCUACAUUUAAUUGAAAUGCUGUCCUCAUGAUCUAAUUUACAGUUUUGUUUUUAACCUCGCUUUCAAUAGGAAAGAUGUUCAAUGGGAAAGUGAUGUUUAAAAGAAAGAUCGGUGGUACACUGGGGUAAUUACCAUACUUUGUCUAUCUCUGUAGGGCAGGUCAGGAUUUCCUGAGUUCAGCUGUUUCUUACCCUGAUAAAAACAAAAACAAAUACACAGAUGACCCAUGAUAAAAGCUAAGUUAUUUCAUACUUUUCAUUCAUUUCCCUGUAUUUCUAUUCACUACUUUUACUACAGUAGAAAAUUAUCAUGUAUUCAUCUCACCCAGAUAAUAAUGUCAAUGCCGUUGCCAGGACUGAAACCAGAGAAUCUUUCCUGUACAGUAGGAAAUGCAAACUUAGUUUAUUUGAGGUUUUAAAAAGGCCUCUAAAGUUUGUAAUUUCCAGAAACAUCUACAAAAAUGUCCUUUAAUUAUAAUCCACAUAAUUCACAUUUCCCAUUGCUGCAAGAUUAUUAGCCUGCUGUAGCAAACUGGCUCAAAUUAAGAUCCAAGAUUAAGAUCUGUAUAGUCCUUGAUACUGUAUUUUCUGACCCCAAUGGGGUUUGGUACCACACAUCAAACAUGUAGUCUUUAGAUUUUUUUAUUGACUUUUAAAGUUUUUUUUAUUUGCUUUAUUUGUACUUUUAUUUGCUGUUGAAAUGAUGUAUUAUCAUUAGCGAAUAUCCCGCUCUGGUUGUAUGUAUCCUAUCGAGCUAGUAAAUGUAUAUACAUUUUUUGCAAUCACAAAUAUGAGGAAUCGGUUGAAAGGAGACUUGAUGCAUUUUGUCAUUGCAUUGACAAUCUGUCAAAUUGUUUGUUGUUGUUAAAAGGUUUUGCUUAUUUAAAAUGAUGAAACAUGA